UCAGUUUGUUCGCUCCUCACUGCACUUUGAAACUUCUAGUCAGCCACAUCUGAAGAAACUCAGCACAUUAGGAUUACGAAUUCAAUGGGACUAUCGGUGAGAAAAUUCAUCCUCGGCUUUUCUGCUUCGGACACAUGGACGUUUACGGAUAAUAAGCGCUCCUAAAAUUAAUGGAUAACAGCCACUCCUGUGGAAUUUCUUUCAGUCGUCCGCAGUGAAUUUUACUCUGUAAAUUUGGACAUGGACGUUUACGGAUAAUAACCGCUCCUAAAAUUAAUGGAUAACAGCCACUCCUGUGGAAUUUCUUUCCAUCGUCCGCAGUGAAUUUUACUCUGUAAAUUCUUCCUAGGAAAAUAUUAGAGGACUUUAACAUCGGUAUUGAGGAAAUGUUUGGAGUGUACAGAAAUGUCUUAAAUACGUUAACGUGAAAUGCAGAGAUUCGACCUGAGAAACACUGAAGUCAUCGCUUGAAAGAUUGCUCUCCAUGCAAUGCAAUCUGGAAGUCCACAGAGCCAAGGAGGAGCGGACCCCGCAUUCCAGCACCAGAGUAAUGUGGAUUCUCUUACAUCACAUCAGGACAAUGUUAGACCUCUACCAGUGGUUCACCCUGCAAGUGGAAUACAAAUCAACAUGGUAGCCACUCAAUAUCCUGAGGAGCUCAGGGUGGUUUAUGGUCCAGCUCAGAGGCAGCAAGACAAUGUACAAUCACGACAGAAUUUCCAGGGACUCCACCAACAGAAGUCACAGGCAAGGAUAGCAAGUACUGGAUUCCAGCCCCCAAAACCCCAGGAUAGUGCAUUUACUCCUCUGAACAGUUGCCACCAACUAAGCAGAAAAGCUAAUUCUGACUUUUAUUUAUUGCCGCAUGUCACUGCACAAUGCAACAGUUAUUUUGAGACAUCUGCUUAUAAUAGGGGACAACAAAGGGAAUUUUCAACUCAAAAUUUUAGUAGACUUUUCCAGAAAGGGUCCAAUUUGAGCUAUAGUGGGCUGCAGCAAAGACAUUUAAAUAGUGGCUUUUCAGGUAGUACCAGUCCCGUAGCACUUAAGGCAGGCACCCUUGGAGUAACAGCACAGACAUCUCCUUUACAGGAUCAGUCUUCUUCUCUGCCUGAGAACAAACAGCAGACAUCUUGCCCACUACUACAUGCCUUACUGAAAGGAAAUUAUUCAGAUUUCAAAUUUUUUUUUACGACCCCAUCUUCUAUGUCAGAGGAAAAUAGUGCCAGCAGGCACUGUAAGAGUCAGCACAUGAAAAGUUCACUAGAUGCUCUGAACUGUGGACAGACUAGGAAACAAAAUAAUUCAAGAGAAACUCAUUCCACCUCCAACCCCCCAACUCCCUCUCUUUGUGGUCAGCCGUGCACAGACAAAGGCUCACCAGUUGGAGAAACUGAACCAUCUACAGAUGACCAAAUACAGGACUUUAUUGCAAAACGGUGUGAAUAUUUUAGAACAGUUUUAACUCAGAAAAAAGGAAAACAUGGACACGCAUACUCCAAUAAGGACUGGGGUUUUUGCAAUGAUGACAGGAACUCCACUCUACAGUCUGACUGUAACUUGCCGAAGUCCAACAGUGUUGCCCGUCUAGCCCCAACAUCUGCCUCUGACAAAGAAUAUGUAAGGAGACAAAGUGUCAGCUGUGCUGAGCAGUGCACUGCCAUGGCUGGACAGGUACUUCAAGAGGGCUAUUCAAAGGACAGCAAAGCAAAUGCUGAGUUAACUCCCAAGUCUAAAGAGACAGGUGAUUGUACUACAAUUGCAUCAGAGAAACAUUCAACAGGUACAUUAGUCUCUGUUAUAGAAAGCUCAAAACAUGCUUAUAGAAUUGAAUCUGAGAAUAGUCCAUCUGUAUAUUUUGAUUUGCCAGUAAAAAUACACUUGGAUUUAAUUAUGACUACAAAGGGUAAUAGCAGACUUGUUCAUUCAGAUUACUGUGAAGGUAAAACAUUUGUCAGUCACAAUGAUGAAAGUUUCCAUAGUAAAUGGUGUCAUAGGUACUUGUGGAAUGGCAUGACCACUCUUCAUUAUUCAUUAAAUGCACUGAAGGAGUUGAUUGCUAGUCUGGAGAAAGCAGAGACCAUUGCAGAUUUGGACAACUUUUCUAAAGCCAUACUGCAACAAUAUUGGAAUGGGGAUAUAGAUAACCUUCAUCUCUUUACAUCCACAGAAUAUCCACAAAUUAUGGCGAAAGUUGCUGCCACUUGCACAAAGAAUGAAGAUGAGAGUCCAGUGGUUCUCACAGCAGUGGCUUUGGAUAAGCUGACUGAGAAGCACCCCGGUUUGAUGCUGAACCGCAGCUCAUCACAAGAAGAAUACAAGUCUCCUUGGUUAAAUAUCAACAAGGAUUUGGAUGAAAUUGACCAAAUGCCUGGUGUUUUUUGGGCUCUCACCCACAUGACAGAGAAUGACAACAGAGAAACAGGCCCAAAAUCAGUGGAAGCAGUAGCGUUGGACAAUGUGCAAGGUAUGACUGAUCUCUUGGAUGAUUUUCUAACCAAGUCAAGUUCAGUGGUAACUGGAAACAAAACAUUUGUACCUCCAUCACUCAAUGAAAAUCAAGACACAAAUACAAAAAAAAAGAGAAACACUGAAGAUCAACAUUGUCACAUUACCUGUCAGGAUAUAAUUGCACAUUCCAAACUAAAUUCAUCAAUUGAUCAAAUUCAUAAUGAUCAGAUUCAUAACGUAAUAUUAGUUCCUACACACCAAAGUGAACGGCUGUGGAACCAAACAAGUCACGAAGGUGUGCUGGAGGAUGCAGGUUCUGUGCAUUCACAAACUGAUUCAAUGCUUGUACUUUCUGAAAACAAAGUCCAAGAACCACCCCUACUACCUGAAAGCAAGGGUGAGGACGUGCGCUCUGUGAAAAUUUUGAAAGAUCCACAAUAUGAGGACAUUUCAGAUGACGAAGACCUGUCACAGCUGUUGACAAACCUCCCAAUCACAGAGCAUGAGGAAUUAAACUGCCCACCAAGUUUUGAAGAUCUCCACUGUGAAGAUAGAAGUGAAGAUGAAAAUCCACAGAUUCAGAGUUUGACUGUAGCGAUGCCUUCACUUACACAAGUCCCUGGACCCAACAAUAGGCAAUCAUCAUCUGAAAAUGAAGGCUAUGGAAAUUUGCAGGGUCAGACCCAGAUGAAGACCGAAAACAUUUCAGAUGAACGACUGAUACCAAAGAAGCAGGUUCCAAAUACGACAGCGCUGGAUAUAGCAAAACAUUGUCCAUGUUGUGUUAAAACUGAAGAUGGUUUCGAAAAUCUAUUAUAUUCUAAAAGUGACAGUGAGAGACAUCUGGGUUUGCAAGCAAACCACUCUGUUUCAUGUAGUCCUUCCUCUGUUUUGAAAGAUGGAGAUGAAACUGACGAUCAGAUGAAUGAUGACUGGAUAGUCAUACCUAUAAGCAUGUCAGACCUUAAAUUUGAACCAGAUUAUGAAUCCCAGGACAUCCCAGAAGAAGUUGUGCUAAAUGAUAGUGAAACCGGUGACAAAAAAAGACAGGGUGACAUAAGUCAGACACACUGUGAGUUACAACAUCCAGCUUCACAACCAGUACCAGCUUCUGCUUCUUCCGAAAUAGAGGUGUUUGACACACUAGGUUGCUUUCUACAAACAAAAGCUGCACAAUUUGGGGCAACUUUUGAGGUUGCAUCAGGCAGGAGCACACCUGAACAUGAAAGGGACUCUGAGGGAGAACCAGAUACACCCAAGAACAUGAGAGAGUCCUACUCUGAGCCUGAAGAUAGCUGUGACACUGAAGACAGUUGUGAUUACCCAUCUGCAACAGAGCAGAACUAUUUGACAGUGUCCGGGCAGUUCUUAAAAAAGAGGUCAGCAUGUCUGCCUCUAGAGACAGAUGAUUCUGUGUCUGAAAAAGAGAGUGAACAUGAGGCUACAAAUGUGCAAAAAGGUCAAACUGGGAGCUCGGACAAGUUGGGCUGUAUGGAAAAACUUAGAGAGCUGAUUGAAGACAAAGCUGGCUCAAAGUAUGUCAGACCCAAGACCAACAGUUUAAAGGUUUCAAAAAAAGAAGAUAUAAUAAUCCUUGAUUCUGAUACGGAGGAUGAAAGUGACCAAAACUGCAAAAAGAAGGCAAAAGGGAAGAGAUUAUUCUCCUCAGGCUCAGUGGGCAGUGCAGAUGCCCCAUGCUGUCAACAAAGAGGACAUUCACCUGAAACUGUGGACAGUCAGUAUGGACCUGUUAAGGAAAAGUUCCAAAUAAACAGACUUCCAUCUGCAGACUUGACAGCACCACAGCGUCAGUCUAAACAUCAUGACACACAGUUUAAAGAAGUGUUUCAGGAUGCAUGCUCUGACCUGUCACUCAGUAUAAAAAAGAGUGGACAGCUGUUUGAAGCUAAAGGCUCUAAAUAUGUUAAUCACAAGACAGACAGACAAAUAACCUCAAAAAGAAGAAUAGUUUUCCAUGAUUCUGACAAAGGGGUUAAAAAAGACAGUCAGUUUAGCAAAAAGAAGGUAAUGACGGAGAGAACAUUCUCAUCAGUUUCAAAAGACAGUGGCAAUGCUUUAUUUGAUAUACAAAACAGACUUUCAAGUGAAACUGGGAACAGUCUUUGUGGAGCUGCCAACGAAAAGACUCAAAAACCCAUACUAUCAGCUGAAGACUCACCAGAGAAGCUGCCCCAAUCUGUGGGCAAGGACACAGACUCCACUUUAAGUUCUGAUCCUGUGGUUCGUCACCUUUUUGGUGAGAGGUCGUCUCAACCCAAGGAUGACUUGAAACUUUUAAAAGAAUCGAAUCUAAAAUCUAAAAACACAGACUCCUGUGAAAAUAAUACUCAGCAUUUGUACAGAAAUAAACAAGGAAGAUUUGCAUACAAACCAAAACCUUCAAAUGAUAGGCACUGUGCAACAAAGAAUAAGGUACAAGCCAAUGUAACAGAUCCCAGACUGGUUUCAAGACAACGUUCGUUACCCAGUCAAGAAGGCCCAUCCUCCUCCGUCAGUGCCUUUACUUCCACAAAAGGACAACUUUCUGAAGCCAGACAAAGCUCAGACUCCUCAAGAGGUUUUUCUCAGUCUGGAGAAACCACCACCUUCUCUAGUCUUUCUGUGCAGAGCACAUCUGUUCCACGACAAAAUUUGUCUUCACUCGAAGUAAGGCGUUCUCACUCUUAUAGCAACCCCUCAACAUUAGAUCAUCCUUACACUCCUACAAAAGGGCCAUCAUUCUAUGCAACCAUGCAAUCAUCAGCAAGGGAACAAGUGACCAAUGACUGGCAGAAGAGCUUUGUCCCAACCAGGAGAUACAGAAAAACUAGCAUGGGGAUAGAGGAGGCAUUGAGAACUAUGGAUUACAAGUCAUGGAGAGAAGGGAGGCCAGGGUCUAGUUGCUAUGACAGGGCACGCAGACAGAGGCACAACUCUCAGGAGUUUGAAACUCCCCUGAUGAAGCGGACCAAGAAUGAAGCCAUACAGUGGACAAAGGAUAUAAAUGGAACCGCCCUAAAGGAACAAACAUACUCCGUGGGUGAGGGUUACAAGUGGAAGCAACCAGUGGCAGGGCCAAUAAAAGGUUCUGUCAGAGAGAGGCAGAAGUAUACAUCCACUUGAAAACCCCAUCGGUCAGAAAAAAGUGCCGGUGUCUAGGACUGAUGUUCCAAAGGACAGGUUGUUGAUUACUGUUGUUAUAACUGAUUCUGUCUUUGAUUUUUCCAAAAUAUUUCUGUAUAAUACAGUGACAGCCUUUGUUAUACGUAUAUUACUAAACUGAAUACUCUGUAAUCUGUAUUUUAACUGUGUAUAUAUGUGUGUGCGUUUGUGUGUCUAUGGGUGCAUGUGUGGGUUGUAUGUAUAUAUAUAUUUAUAUAUAUAUAAUUAG